CCCCCGAGCGCCCCGGAGGGCGGGAAGAUGAUGAUGAUGUCGCUGAACAGCAAGCAGGCGUUCAGCAUGCCGCACGGCGGCAGCCUGCACGUGGAGCCCAAGUACUCCGCACUGCACAGCGCUUCUCCGGGCUCCUCGGCGCCCGCGGCGCCCUCGGCCAGCUCUCCGAACAGCUCCGGCAACGCUGGCGGCGGCGGCGGCGGCGGCGGCGGCGGCGGAGGCGGAGGCCGGAGCAGCAGCUCCAGUAGCAGCGGCACCGGUGGCGGAGGCGGCGGGGGUUCGGAGGCGAUGCGGAGAGCUUGUCUUCCAACCCCACCGAGCAAUAUAUUCGGCGGGCUGGAUGAGAGUCUGCUGGCCCGUGCCGAGGCUCUGGCCGCCGUGGACAUCGUCUCUCAGAGCAAGAGCCACCACCACCAUCCGCCCCACCACAGCCCCUUCAAGCCGGACGCCACUUACCACACCAUGAACACCAUCCCGUGCACGUCGGCCGCCUCUUCCUCAUCUGUACCCAUCUCGCAUCCCUCUGCGCUGGCCGGCACGCACCACCACCAUCACCACCACCACCACCACCACCACCAGCCGCACCAGGCGCUCGAGGGCGAGCUGCUGGAGCACCUGAGUCCCGGGCUGGCCCUGGGCGCCAUGGCGGGCCCCGACGGCGCGGUGGUGUCCACACCCGCUCACGCGCCCCACAUGGCCACCAUGAACCCCAUGCACCAAGCCGCGCUCAGCAUGGCCCACGCGCACGGGCUGCCCUCACACAUGGGUUGCAUGAGCGACGUGGACGCCGACCCGCGGGACCUGGAAGCGUUUGCCGAGCGCUUCAAGCAGCGACGCAUCAAGCUGGGAGUGACCCAGGCAGAUGUGGGUUCCGCGCUGGCCAACCUCAAGAUCCCCGGCGUGGGUUCUCUGAGCCAGAGCACCAUCUGUAGGUUCGAGUCUCUCACGCUGUCGCACAACAACAUGAUCGCUCUCAAACCCAUCCUGCAGGCGUGGCUCGAGGAAGCCGAGAAAUCCCACCGCGAGAAGCUCACCAAGCCCGAGCUUUUCAACGGCGCGGAGAAGAAGCGCAAGCGCACGUCCAUCGCCGCACCCGAGAAGCGCUCGCUGGAAGCCUACUUCGCCAUCCAGCCCCGGCCCUCCUCGGAGAAGAUCGCCGCCAUCGCGGAGAAGCUGGAUCUUAAGAAAAACGUGGUGCGCGUCUGGUUCUGCAACCAGAGGCAGAAACAGAAAAGAAUGAAAUAUUCCGCCGGCAUUUAGGAGACCCUUGGCGUCUCCAGGGAAAACCCUCUUCUCGUCCCCUCCUCCCCUUCCCACCUCUUCUGCCUCUUUUCUUUCCACUUUUGGCGGACCAGAAACAAUUCCGGUAAAUGUGAAUCCCGAGACCGCGAGGAUUGAAGAGCAAGCGCACAGGAAAACGACCGAGCCCAAGGCAGUGAAAAUGUGAAACGGUUUCUCAAAGCAAAGAAAAACAAAAAGAUGGGGUCUGUCAUGUUGCAGCGAAGUUAUCCCUUUGAGCCCCACCUCAGCUUCUUCCGAGGAAGUGUGGAGCUGGCUGUUGGCAGGGCAGCAGGAGACAGCCUUUUAAAAGUCCUCAAGAAUGAGCAAGUAAGAUUUGUUUUUUUUUUCUUACAGACAUCAUCCUUGUCCAAGUUUAAAAGUACACUUUGCAGCUAUUUUUCAGAAAUAGAAAUCGAUUCAAGACUGAAACUUUAAACUAGAGUUGAUGCUUAAUGGGAGAGAGACAUCUCUAAAGUAUUUUCAAUUUUAAAAAAAGAUGGCAGAUUUUCUGCAUUUACACUGUAUAUUAUAUAUAUAUAUUUUUUAUCGUGGUUCUUACCCCCUUCUUUCUUCUCUGAAGUGUUAAUGCUAAAGAAAGGAGUUGCGCCUGCUGUGUUCACUGAUCUUGAAAGCUAUCAUUAGAUUAUUGCCGAACAACCCUCUGUAAAUUAUUAAUUUAUCUCUCUAGCAACUUAAUUUUGUGCACAUUCUAAUUAAUUAAAACUUCUUUAGUCUAAAGAAAUAAAAACCGGGGGAAACGUAUAGUUAGUGAUGUUCAAAAAUUUUUCUUUGAUGAGUUUAUUGAAUACUUACAGUUUUCUCCUUACACCGUGUUGCUUUUGGCCCAUUUGUAUAUUCUCACUUUGAAUGAAGAUUUUUCUUUUGGUUUUACUGGUAGUGUUCUGUUUUGUGAGUUGACACUCAGUAAUGAAUGUCUUAAUUGUGUAGAUCUGAUUCACAGUCCGAAGUAUUGUUUACUUCGUUACCUAUUUAAUGGGGAUUCCCACAUUGUCCUCACUACACACGCGCUCUGGCACUCUCCCUUACACGCCCACACAUGUACACACAUUCACAAACACACAUCUCCAAGAGAAGAAGCAAAAGGAAACAUGACUAAUGCAUCAUUUUCUAGCUUUAGGUGCAUUUCCCACUUGGUGCUUGUCUUUCCAGACUUUGAGAUUUCACCAAGGUGUUUCAAUCUUCCAGUUUUCAAUUGCUCUAUUGGCUACAUUUUAACAUUUAUAGAAAUCCUUCAAUUUUUCCUUUUGGAGGUUUGUUUGUAGAAAAAUGAAAUUGAACUAUAAGAAAGACAGUGCACUGCUUGUAAAUUCACAUUGUUUGGUAGAAUUUUUUUGAAACAAAAAAUAGGUACAUAAUGACUGGUACCUUAUUUAUUGUAAAUAUUUCAUUCAAAAUGAUGCACAUAUAGAUAUAUUCUUACAAAUUUUGCUGUAUUGUUCCAUUUGAGGCUCUCCAAAGUCUUGAGUUCUGUGUAUGACCUGGUUUCUUGUUUUUGUUAAUAGAUGGUUUAUUUAUUAUGGUAAUGUAUUAAGUUAUGUUUGGUGUUGUUUGAUUGUCUUUCAUUGAAGAGAUGAUUUUAAUGUUUUAUUGGCAACGUAUGCUGUUUUUCA